GAAAAACAUAGCCUUCCUCUGUUUUAUGGUUCUGUCCCGCGAAUUGAUCUAUGGGAUUGAUUGUUCAGUCCGCUCCGUCCAAUUAUCCCCAUGUCCAUUAGAGGGAGUGCAGACUGUCCCACACAGCACAGAACUGAUUCAACGCAUUUUUCGGAUUCAAGAAGGGUAGGGUGCAGGGCAGCUAGCCCCCGCAACAACAGGGAGAUAGCUACAAGUCAGUUACUGCCUGGCUGAACCGAUCAGCUACCGCAAUCAAUUGAUGUCUUCAGAUGAGAUUUAAGCGUUUACUGUGCAUUUAGUUGUCUGACGUUGGCCGUUCAGAAAAUACAACCCGACAAAAUGUCAGAGCCUGCGGUGGCCGACACUCGCCGGUUGAAUUCCAAGCCUCAGGACCUGAUGGAUGCAUACGGUCCCCCCAGCAAUUUUCUGGAAAUAGACGUUUAUGAUCCACAAAUCGUUGGAGUUGGACGCAACCGUUACACAACUUACGAAGUUCGCAUGCGGACAAACCUUCCCAUUUUCAAACUGAAGGAUUCCUGUGUGAGAAGAAGAUACAGUGACUUUGAGUGGUUAAAGAAUGAGCUGGAAAGAGACAGUAAGAUUGUAGUACCACCUCUGCCAGGCAAAGCCCUGAAGAGGCAGUUGCCAUUCCGUGGAGACGAGGGCCUUUUUGAGGAGUCAUUCAUUGAGGAGCGGCGAUUAGGCCUGGAGCAGUUCAUCAACAGAAUUGCAGGCCACCCUUUGGCCCAGAACGAGCGCUGUCUUCACAUGUUUCUGCAAGAGGAAAGCAUUGACCGCAACUACAUUCCUGGAAAAGUAUGAAUGAAACAAUACAGACUGCUGCACCUGCCCGUUGUACAUUUAUUUCUCCAUCACGUCCUUAUAAAGCUGGUGGAAAUGUCAGAACAGUUUCAACGAUGUAGGAAAAAUGCAACUGUUGCUCCUGGACAAAACUAAGAGUUGCAAUGUGUAAAUUGUUUGAUGUUGAGGUCUAUUCAGCCAUUCCACAUAUGAUUUUUGAUUCAGCAAUUAGUGAAAGAGAAAAUGUGUUACAUACUAUAUCAUUUUGUCAUAGCUAGAAUUUUUUUUACAAUGAUGAUUAUAUUUUCUGAAUGUCUUUUUAAUUGAUUCGACCAAGUUUAAAAAGAAGGCAUAGUUUCCUGCUUUGUUUGCUUUUGCUAGCAAAGAUGUGAUUUCGAUGAUAACCUCCCAAAAAUGAGCAACAUGUAGCAUCAUUAAAAAGACAGUGACAUGUCAAUCCAGUCAAUGUUUCCCCCUGAGUUUUAUGUUCUGGACAUGCUCUUUGUCGAGGUUGCUUCAUGAUUAAGUGUUUUAACUCUGCUGUCUUAGUCACAUCAUCAUGCGCAUUUUGGCUGUGUUGUUAAAUCAGCUGCUAGGAAAGUUAGGUAACCUAAAUAAGCACUGUGAUAAGAGGUAUAUGAACAAUAUUGUUUAAAGGUGUAAUCAGCAUCUGGUUCACUGGCCUGAAAUAAGGAUUAUUCUGCAUUAAUUUUCAGCUGUCUUAUUCUUUGUGUCAAUAUUAUUGUGAAGUGUAUUAAUACAUGUCAUCAGUAAAGUUCCACUAUG